AUGGACCCUUCAAACUCCGUCAAUGGCUACUACAAUUUUCUGACACGCGGCAUAGACGACCUCGAGCGCCUGUUCUGUUCGACCAAUUUCAUGUCCGUACAGUUCUUGCAGAGGGCUCUGUCCCUUUUACGGUCUGCGCACAAUCAGCUGACCCUUUUGGUCCAAAAGCUCCAUCUGCCCGUCGGCGAAAAAUGGCUCGACGAGUACAUGGACGAAAGCUCCAAGCUUUGGGAGGUUUGCCACGUCCUCAAGAAUGGAGUCUCGGGCUUGGAGAGCUACUACUCGACGGGCCUCGGCGCGAUUUCCUCGCUCGACGGCCAUCGUCGCUUGAGCCCACAGCUUUCUCGUCAGAUGAUCCGGGCCAUAUCAGGCUGCAGAAGGGAAGCAGUAGGCCUAGAGCAAGAAAACCGGUCCCUAAUGGAGAACCGAAUCGAGCCCCUCUCCCUAAAAUUCGACGAGAAAGUCAUACUCGAGUCCAAGCUCAACGGUUUCAAUGGCUUCAGGGGCGUUUUAUACGCUAUGAGGAACGUGAGCUCACUCUUGCUGACGAUCCUGCUGCACGGGCUCGUUUACUGCUGGCCCCAACCGAGCCUUUCGGCAAAUGGGUUCGAUCAGGGGCACCUGUUUUUCGGGCAAAAUCUAUGGAAUAAUAUAAUUCCGGCAUGGACAUGA